UACAACUAGAACCGAACUGAACAAAAAAGUGGUUUGGCAACGAUAAGGCUUAGUAGAGAAACUGCUGUGCUCCAUACAGCACAAGCAAUUGCAAGAGCCAUGCGGCCAUACUAUGAAGAUCCAUGUCGCUAUAGUCAUCAUCAUCACCAUCAUCGCCCAAAUAUCGAGAUUGAUGUUUUCCCCGGCUGGGGUGGCUCAUAUUAUCCGCCGCCGGCUGCUAGGCCCGAAGUCGUCAUAGUCAGCCCAGCGACCAACUAUAUGCCCCUGCCUGGUGGCCAAGCGAUGAUGCCUCAGCCAUACACUGGCAUGUCCCAGGGCGGAGCGGGCUACUAUCAGCAGCAACAGGGCUAUCAGUAUCAAUAUCAGCAGUACAACACUCCACCCUAUCCACAAUGGUAGACAACGCGCCCCACGCAAUCGAGUGUAAAACCUUGAAUUAUUAUGAAAUAUGUUAAAUGUUUGUGUUCAUCGCAAAAAUAAAUUAAUUUAUAAGUGGCAAUUAUAAAGCAUGCCCGUUAAAUGUAAACAA